UUUAGUCGGAGGCCAGCAGUAGAGCCGGCAUCCCCACAAAACACUAACACUCACGCACCACACACAAACACACUGACGCAAACGCACAUACACACAUAUUUUCUAACGUUCAUCAUCGCCGCUUCAAAUUGUUCUCCUUUUUAACGUUAUUUAUAAAUCGAAAAUCGUUGUUGCUGUUAUUGUUGUUGUUGUUGUUGUUAAGUAUUCUUGUUGUUGUUGUUGUUAAAUGUUGUUAAUCGUGACAGUUUGACUAAAACAGUCGCCGUAGAACCAAAAACAUUGAUAUUCUAGUUGAUGUUGUUAGUUGUUAAAGCUAUCGCUGUUGUAGUUUCUCUAAAUAUUGUAUAAGUUAUCGUUUGUGACGCAUUUUCGGACCAGUAUCACUAGCACAAGUCUACCAACCACACAAGUCGCGUGCGCGGAGGCGGGACUAACCAAAAAUGUUCAAGAAGUUACCGCUCUCCAAGUUCAAGUUUCUUUCUCAAAGCUUAGCUCAACUCGAAACAACCGGAACCGGAAGUCCAGGAAGCAAGUCUCCGGCAGGGGGCUCAGGGCCCGCCACCGGAAGUCAAGAUUCGUCAAAAACUCCACCAACUGCACACAACAAAGCACUUCAAAAUGUCAAGGGUGAUCACCCUUCGAUGGCGUUCCUGCAGAGCCGAUCCAUAUCAUUGGUGGAUAUGUACAUAGAUAAUUCUGAGCCAUCAGAGAAUGUUGGACAAAUCCACUUCAGCUUAGAAUACGACUUUCAAAAUACUACUCUUAUCCUCAGAAUUCUGACGGCUAAAGAACUGCCAGCCAAAGACAUGUCUGGAACUUCUGAUCCGUAUGUGCGAGUCACCUUGCUACCAGACAAGAAACACCGUUUGGAGACCAAGAUCAAACGCAGGACAUUAAAUCCUCGUUGGAACGAGACUUUCUACUUUGAAGGCUUCCCCAUCCAAAAACUGCAAAGCCGAGUUCUCCACUUGCAUGUGUUCGACUACGAUAGAUUCUCCCGUGACGACUCAAUAGGCGAAGUCUUCCUGCCCCUAUGCCAGGUGGAUCUUUCAGAAAAGCCAUCAUUCUGGAAAGCUCUGAAGCCACCAGCCAAAGAUAAGUGCGGUGAACUGCUCACUUCCCUGUGCUACCAUCCUAGCAACAGUAUUCUCACUCUAACUCUCCUCAAAGCUCGUAAUCUCAAAGCAAAGGAUAUCAACGGAAAGUCUGAUCCUUACGUGAAGGUAUGGCUGCAGUUUGGAGAUAAGCGUAUCGAGAAGCGGAAGACCCCGAUUUUCAAAUGCACUCUGAAUCCAGUAUUCAAUGAGACAUUCAGUUUCAAUGUGCCAUGGGAGAAGAUACGUGAGUGCUCCCUUGACGUCAUGGUCAUGGACUUUGACAACAUCGGUCGUAACGAGUUGAUUGGCCGUAUUCUGCUGGCCGGGAAAAAUGGGUCUGGAGCUACUGAGACCAAGCAUUGGCAAGAUAUGAUAACGAAGCCUCGUCAAACUAUCGUACAGUGGCACCGUUUGAAACCUGAGUAAGGUGACAGAUGAUACCAACAGAGCGGAUUGCGUCGAGAACAGUUUUUGUAAAUGUGGACUGACUGAGAAAAAAAAUAUAUAUACUAUAGAGAUAGGAACUUUCUGAACACAUUUAUAUUGUGGAAUACGUUUUGCUCGAUGUGUAUGUGUAAAAGUAUUUAUUUGUGAAACCAAAGUAUUUAAUUCUAUUGGUCAAUAUUGUAGAUAACCAAUGGAGCUACUAAUUGAAAUGAUCGGAUGAUGAUCAUUUCAAGGAGUAUGGGUCACAAAUUACGUAUCACUAACCUUUUAACCAGUCUUGAAUUAAAUAUAUUAUUACUCAGUUCAAGCUGUAUUAUGUGUGUUCAGUUUAAGCUUAGAAUGUAUGUCGUCUAUGUAACAAAAAAAACAGCUUUCAAUAUGCUAUUCUUGUAUUUUUUACUAGGAAAUAAAUUGUAUUUUCCUUAUUCGCAUGAGAAAGGAACUGCAUAUUUGUUUAGGCAAUGCAUUCAAGAAAAAACAAUUAUUCAAUCUACCAAUUACUCUAAAACUCACGCACAAGUCUCAGACUCAUGUGGCGAGUUCCACUACUCAUCGUCUACUAAAAAUAAAGACACAUGGAUAGGAAUGGAGCAUUCAAAUUAAAUCGCAAAGAAUGUUAAUAUUUCACAAAAUUCUAUGGGAAAGUAUUCAGACAUCUCUUUUAGAAUUAUCAAGUAAACUUUGAAAGCUUCUACUUCAGUGUGGACCAAAUCUUUAUCCAUCAGUAUUUAAUUAUAUUCUUUUUGAUUGCAUGUUCAAAAAUUUGGAGAUGACAACACCAAACAUAAUUGGCAAAAUCAAUCAAGCCAUCAUCUAUAUCUCAAUUGAUAACAUAAAUCUAUAAUCACUCGAAAACAAUUGAAACAAAUCAGAACAAUCAUUUUAACAUAAUUAUUAUGAAUCCAAGAUAAAAACCGUUGUUAUCAAAUAUUUUAUAUCCAGAGAGCACGCACAAUAUUAUUUGGUGUACUAUGACACUCUUUCUAGUCAAAAUUAUCUCAAAAGAAGUGUACCGUAUUCCUGAUUUGGUGAAAAAUAUUAUUCAUUUUGAAAAUUAUUUUAAAGGAAAAGGUGGUAAUACAAAAACUAAAUCAUGGGAGAAACCCGGAAGCUUCCAUGAAUUACCGGUACCGAUUAUUUUUUUAACUCAAUAUUUAUGAGUACCGUAUACGAU